UUCCCGCGCUUCACUCCAAUUAUCCACUGUUUUGCACAAUUUUUCACUCUCGUCCGGUGAAAUUCAAGUUGCCACCCCCCAUCCCACCCUCACCCCAACCCGACUAUUUCAAUUUACUUUCAUUGAGUUCUUCACGAUGAAGUACCCACCAGUGACGACUCCCCAGUUCCCAAUUUUCCAAAUUUAAAUUUAAUCUUCACCCCCUCAAGUUAAAAACUUCAAUUGAGACCUCAUGAUCGUCUUUUUUCCGUACAUAAAACUAAAAAAAUGGGGUGAAAACAGUUGGAUGUCUAGAAAUAUAUCAUUUCUUUUAGUUUUAUUUUGCCCGGAGAGCGAUGAGCGACGAGCGAUGAAUAUCAACGAAUAAAUCCAGAUUGUCUACAUGGAAUCACCGCCUGGAAUCACGUCAAAUUCCUCAAUUAAAUUAAUUUUAUCAUCAUCAUGUCAUCGGCGAUACACCAGUGCUCAUUACCCUGCCAAUCACAGACACCAACGAUUGAGAAUCAUGCCCGCCGGAUGACCAUUCCACUGGCAUUAAACACAUUAAUCUGAUCAAAAUAUUCAUGGAACAAUGCAAAUAAGCAACAGUGAUUACUAUCACAGAGGAACAAGAUCCUCGAUGGAUCGACGGACGAAUCAGCUGACUGGUGUAUCAUCGACAGUUACAAGUGUCACUGGGACCAAUACAACAAAUUGUAGCAAGGAUAAUUCCACCUUUAGGAUAUCGACAACUGUUAAAGCAUCGGAAUUGUGGUGUUGCUGUUGCAAUUGUGCUAAUGCUAGAAAUGCCAAAGCACCUGGCUUCCUGGCCUGUCUCGGUGUUUGUGUACUUGUUUUCGGAUAUACACUGCUCGGUGCAUUCGCUUUUAUGGCACUGGAAGGGGGAUUCAAAUCGGAUCCACCGACAGAUCUAGUCCGUCUGGCCUCAUCCCCCUCAAAAUCAUCAAAACCAUCGCUAAAUACAGCUGGCGACGAAACAAAUGGUGGCAUUGUGCAAAAUCCAGACGAUGAAGACUCUUCAGCCCGUGAAUUACGGGCUUACACGGUCGAGAGGCUGUGGAGUAUCACCGAGGAUCUGAAUGUGCUCUACAAAGAAAACUGGACGAGGCUUGCUGAGCGAGAGAUUCUUGAUUUUCAGGAGAAAAUGGCACGAACAAUCAGUCGUGAUAAAUCAAAAUACUCGAUGUACGGUGGUCCUGUUCAUAGGAACCCUCGGGGUCAUGACAGACGUAAUUUAAUAGUCGACAGACGCUGGACAUUUGGCAGCAGUUUACUCUACUCUUUGACCCUCAUCACGACCAUUGGUUACGGUAGCACUGCACCACGUACUGUUUGGGGACGUGUUAUCACGAUCGUCUAUGCACUAGCUGGUAUUCCACUCAUGCUCGUUUAUCUCAGCACAGUUGGUGAUGUUUUUGCCAGAACAUUUCGGGCUUUUUAUGGACGCAUGUGCCACAGGAGCAGCUGCCGAAAGACAAGGGCAAAGGGAAAAUUUCUUGUUUCACCACCUGCUAUGCCUGGAAUUAUUGAGAAGAGCUAUCAUAGGUAUGAUAAUCACAUUGAUACUGCUAAGUUGACGCCGGCAUUUUACUCCAAGGAGGCAAACUGCGAUGAACUUGGAGUUAGGGCUGGUGCUGCUAUUCUACUCGAUCGUGAGGCACUCGAGGGCAAUAUUUAUCUUCAUCCUGGUGGAUCCAGCACUGGCCUUCAGGAAGGGAACGUGGAAAAACGUCAUCUCCAUCCGUCCUCCCAGAUGUCCUUAAUGCCUUCGACAGUGGGCUACGGCACUGAUACAAUUUGUGUCGUUAGGAUACCAAUAAGUCUCUGUUUAUUGAUAAUUAUUGUGUACGUGUGCGCGGGUGCAUUGGUAUUCAAUCGCCUAGAAGGAUGGAGUCUUCUGGAGAGCAGUUACUUCUGCUUUACGAGCUUGGGUACCAUUGGCUUUGGUGAUCUAGUGCCGAUGGGAAGAAAUGCUACGACCAGAUUGCUCGAGGAGCUCAGCCUGUGCGCCUGCUCUGUGUAUAUUUUAUUUGGAAUGGGUCUAAUUGCCAUGUGCUUCAAUUUAAUGCAGGAAGAGGUUGUUAGGGUUGUCAGAGUGUUUGGAAGGACCUGUGGAAGUGCUGGAAUCGCUGCUAAUUCCAUUGGAGCUAAUGGUCUCAAAUCGGAUUUAUGUGAAGAUGGAAGUAUCACUGGCAUUACGGAUAACUGUCAUGAUCACGAGGAUGACGGCAUGGCGAUGUCAAUGGUAUCAGCCUCCUGACAGCAGCCAGC